UUAAGUUCACAGCGCAGCAACAAGAAAAAAAAUAAAUAAAAAGCUGCAGAUAAAAAACAAAUUCGUCACUUGUCAGCCAAGUCCAGCUGCAAGCAAAAGAGAAACUGGAGUAACAAAAGGGCCGCGUUAAGGUGUCGAGUGCGUCGCGUUACCUAAGCCAAGCAAAAAAACGAAAAAAUACGUUAAAAAAAUACAAGCUAAAAGCUAUAAGUCAACUCCCAAGUACUUUCGGCUGCUAUAAAAAAUUGUUUUUGUGUGUAAAUCUGUGAAGAAAGUUCGGAUUUUGGACCGGCAAUUACGAAACGUGGCUUCCGCCCAGCUCUAAGCGCUCCGUGUCUUAAGUGCAGCCCCUUCCCCCACAAUCAUAACUCUUACUGCAAUAUGGGUCACCUUUCAACACAGGAGCGGGUGUGUAGCACCACGCCAGUGGUGCCCAGCUCGGUAGACGGCAGUCCUCCGCUCUUAACACGUCGCGCUAAGCUCAGCAGCGAUUCGCAGGCGCGUCGUAGUGAGGAUUCCUCGCCGGAGCAGCAGCCACGCAGCAAGCCACUGCACAAGACAUUUGCACCACACUCCACCACAGCGCCAACUAAAAUUGUACCCAAAUAUUUGGAAAACUACGUGCCCAAGGAUCAAAUCAAUAUGGACGAAUAUACGCGCAAUUUCAAGGGCGACAAUAUCCUGGGCUGGCAAUUCAAAGCGCCUCUCAAAUGGGAUAAAGUUAUACAAAUUUCUUUGCUGCACAUUGUGGCAUUGGUUUGCCUGGUCACCUAUCCGCUGCAAGAGCUACGGCUCUAUACCACCAUUUGGGCCUUCUUUAUGGGCGGCGUCGCUGGCUUUGGCGUCACUGCUGGUGCUCAUCGCUUUUGGACACAUCGCAGCUACAAGGCUAAUACAGUGCUCCGCAGCAUUCUGAUGCUCAGCUACUCGGUGGCUGGCCAGAACACGCUGUACGAUUGGGUGCGCGAUCAUCGUGUGCAUCAUAAAUAUUCGGAAACCGAUGGCGAUCCGCACAAUGCCAAUCGCGGCUUCUUCUUCUCGCAUGUGGGCUGGCUAAUGAUGCUGAAACAUCCGGAGGUGCUGCGUCGAGGCAGACAAAUCGAUAUGAGCGAUAUAUUGGCGGAUCCUGUGGUGCGCUUCCAUCAGAAACAUUUCGUUUUGCUGAAGAUCUUGUUGUGCUUUUUGCUGCCCACCAUGGUGCCUGUUUAUUUCUGGGGUGAGACCUGGUUCCACGCCUUUGUGCAGCAGUGCAUCUUCCGCUAUGUCUGCAGCUUGAACUUCACCUGGUCUGUGAACAGCGCUGCGCAUCUUUGGGGCUCGCGUCCAUAUGACAAACGCAUCAUGCCAAGCGAGAAUAUCUAUGUAUCCAUUGUGGCCAUGGGCGAGGGCUGGCACAACUAUCAUCAUGUCUUCCCCUGGGACUACAAAGCAGCUGAGCUGGGCAACUACAAGGUCAACUUUACCACCAUGGUUCUCGAUGCCUUCCAACGAAUGGGCUGGGCCUACGAUAUGAAGCAACCUUCCAAGGAGCUGGUGCAGCGCACUUUAGAGAAAUACGGCGAUGGCACUCACGAAUCAAAGUUGGGAGCAAGUGGCGCGCCUGCUGCCUCGAGCCAAACCCAAAUGGUGGGACACAUACACUAUGCCGAGGUGCCUGAUCCGGAGCUGGAGUACGAUGCAGAGUCAAGCAGCACUGAGAGCGCCAAGCUGGAUGAGAACGAGAACGAGAGCGAGCGACAGAAGAAGGCCACAAAGAAGCUGUUGGCUUAGCAAGAAGAUUCGUUUUCUUGGUUAAUGUUUUACUUAAGUGUGGGGCCUUCGAAUGUACAAGCAACAAAUUGAAAUGUUUUUCUAAUCUAAUCCUACUUAUAAAUCGUAUUUAAUGCGUGGUCUUGUCAUAAUCAGAGCAGGUCACCUUUGGCUGUUCUUAAUCUAUAUAUACAGUUAUAUAUAUAUAUAAC